AACGUAUCGAUAUUAUUAUGUUAGUCAAUAGUUUAUAAAAGAAGGUAGACGUAUUGAUUUUUGUAACCGACGCAAGAUUACAUUCAACAUCCCGGGGAAGCGAUGCACCAGGCGGGGCUUCCACUCAUGAACGGGGAUCCCAAGAAUGCCAAAUGCGUGUGAGCACAGUCCGCCGCCGCCGUGGCGUUGCGCUGUAUUCGAUCGAUUGCAUCCGCCAAUGGGGAAACGACCUUCAACAUAUUUCAUAAAACUUAGUGGAUGCCAAGCAUAAUUUGAAACCAUGACGAACGCCAACCCUGCAUCGGACGAACUGCCACCACAGACGCCAUUACUGGGUACUGAUCGAACACGUCGGAGCAGUAGCGGUAACGGGGAUUCACGAUCGGAUCUCCGUAGUAGUAUUUCCAAGCGGGAAGCGAAGAUUAGCGCCGCUGUAUGGGGAACCUUACAAACGGUGAUCCACCUGUACGCCGUGUGCGUCCUAAUGUACCAUCUGUGCAUUGGCACGGAUGAACUCGGCGAGAACGCCAUGUCCGUGGAGAUCGACACCUUCAAAGUGACCCCGGGUCCAAGCGACACGCCGGCCUCCCGCGGGUCUACAGCGUACAGUAAAACCACGCAGUUGCCGAAAGUGGCCACCAUGACCAGCAGCAGCGUGACGUCAACGACGACCGGUCAAAUGAUUGUGUGGGACUACGAGGCAGUGGAUGAACUGACGUGGUAUUACUGGACUUGUUUCGUCUUCGACAGCAUUUCCCAGGAACUGCUGGUUAAACGCGACAAACUGUACUUCGCCUUCAUCAUCAGCAUGAUUAUGUUUAUAAGCCCGCUCUUCAUGGUCAUCGGAAUCAUCAAGUCUCGACCGGGAUAUAUGACGUGCUUUAGCGCCUUCCAGUUUGGAGACGUUUUGAUUUGCUUUAUUGGUACUUGUUAUCAAUUGUUUGUAAAUGGUCCUGGGAUCAAGAGUGAAAUCAUGUCCAACCCACACCAUCCCCUUCGCGACCAAGUAUGUGGACUAAAUCGCUGGUUGGUCUUCUUCAUUGCUGCAGUCAUCUUAGUAUGCAUCUUGGUUGUAAAGUUGUACUUUUGGGUAACUGUCAUGGCGUGCAUCCGCUACUUAAAGACCGACAAACAGGACGAGCUGCAAUGCACACUUAACGCACCGCCCCCGGAUUACGAAACGGUUAUGGCGAACCCGAGCACGUCAGCGGCCAGUAAAACGGUUGUACGGACCGACGGUGACCUUGUGGAAGUUGUGGUGACAUCAGGCGACGGGACUACACCGGUUUACUGAAAUGAGGCUGUGUGUUAAGUUUAGGCACCCAUCUGAUAACUUGAGAGACCCUUCUAUGCCAUUAAACAUCACUGACCACGUUGUAUCGAAUUUCGCUUCUGUAAAUAGGCAUAUGUUUACGAUAGCGAGUUCUCUUGCUAUACUUGGUUCAGUAGUUCACUGUUUCAUCCAUGCAUUAGCUGUAUGUACAAAAAGCAAAACUGCAAUGUCUUGUAUUACAGAAUUUAUAGUGAAUUUCGUGAAAA